AUGAACUCCCCAGCUUGUCCGCCUCUUGACACCACCAGAUUUCAAUGGCGCCGCACGAACACCGACCCUUCAAUUUUCCAACGAGAGGUGUUCGGUGUAGAGGCCCUCGCGGACUAUCGAAAUCGUUACCUCUAUGGCGAUGGAACGUUAUUCCUGGGCGUAACACUGGAUUUCCACUGCCCAGUCUCCUUGUCCGGAUUGGCGCGCCUUGCUCGAGAGGCCUGGAUGCUCCUGCGCUUCGAGGUGCCAACUAUUAGUGCUUUCCAGACGACGAACCGGGAUACGACACUUCUCAACUAUACCGUUCCGAUGACAUUUGGUGACGCACGACGAUGGGCCGAACGAACGGUUAGGACAGCCAGCAAUGUCGAUGUCGAAGAGCUCCGGUACCAGCUGGGAUCAAGCCCUCUGCCGGAUUCCAACGGAGACAUGACAUUUCUCUACGUGGUUGGACAACAUUCCCAAGCAAGCGGACUGCUCUUACAUGCUUCUCAUGUCUUGUUCGACCCUCAAGGACUCUUAAUCCUUAUGCGGCGCUAUUUGCGGAAGCUGGCUCCGAUGAUCGCUGGGGAUUUGGUGCCAAAUCUUUCCCUUCUCGAGUGGGGCAAAGAAGUGCCAAACCUAUUGCCUUGCGUGGCCAGUAUUCUGGUUCCUCGAGAGGCGGCUGAAGGCCCGGCAUAUUCCGCAUCGGUGCAGAGGGUCCUAUCAGAUUUCCGUGCUGGAAUGAAUCAUCUGUACCCUCUUCGAGCACGUAGGAUGGAACGAGGACCGACGUAUCAUGUCAAACAGAAUUUCAGCAAAGAAGAAAGUGACCAUAUCAAGACCACAGCAAAAUCCUAUGGAUGCGCGGUGACAGAGUUGUUCCACGCUACACUUUGUCUCGUCAUCACGGAAGACAAUCCGCCCACGGAUCAGACUCCUCCAAAUACGUCGUUCGUUUUCCAUGGAUGGCAGAAUUGUCGCCCUACCAGACUGGUUCCUCCCUUCUCCGCGAUGGACGGCUAUCCGGGAAUGGCGACAGCAAUGUCCAUGCUCAUUAUACCUGGCGUGGAUAUGCUUCGCGGGAAGAGCACCUUUUUCAACAAGACGCCUCUGCUAGCGAUGGUAGAUCACGUCAGGAGGGAAUAUAAACGGCAGAGGGAAUGCCCUGCAUUGCUCGCGAUGCAAGGGCAUCUCUUCGAUACGGUGUUGCCACCUGCUAAAAGGGGAGCGAUCAAGAUUGUUCCACCCAUGCUGCCAUUAUACAUUGAUGAUGGAAUUUAUGAGACGUAUAUUGACAGAUCCUAUGUGGAUCGUAAGGGACGUGGCGUCCUCAGCAUCGAAUCGAUCUUCAGCUCCCAGAAUAGGACCGACCCCGGGCCCAUAUUUCAUCUCGGCUCUUGGAAGGGAAGAAUCCAACUUUCGGUGGACUUCAAUGGAAGUGCUAUGCCGACGCAAGCCGUCGACCAGAUGGUUGACAACUGGACAAACUUCGCCAGGCUGAUUCUGUCUUGA